AUGGAGGGGAGAUUGGCUAAUAUGUGGAGGUUGACUGUGAAUGAAAGUAAGUUCGUGGAAACUGCGUUGCAAUCUGAGCUCAGAGUCGAUGGUCGUGGUCUUUAUGACUACCGCAAGCUUACUAUUAAGUUUGGAAAAGAAUAUGGUAGCUCAGAAGUUCAGCUUGGCCAGACUCAUGUGAUGGGCUUUGUGACUGCUCAGCUAGUACAACCUUACAAAGACAGACCUAAUGAAGGUUCUCUCUCCAUCUUCACUGAGUUCUCUCCUAUGGCUGAUCCAUCGUUUGAGCCUGGUCGUCCUGGCGAAUCUGCUGUGGAGCUAGGACGUAUUAUAGACCGUGGUCUAAGAGAAAGCCGUGCGGUAGAUACGGAGUCACUCUGUGUUCUAGCUGGAAAGAAGGUCUGGUCUGUUCGUAUUGAUCUUCACAUUUUGGACAAUGGAGGGAACUUGGUUGAUGCUGCAAAUAUUGCUGCUCUAGCUGCGCUCAUGACGUUUAGGAGACCAGACUGCACUGUAGGAGGGGAGAACGGUCAAGAAGUUCUCAUACAUUCACUAGAGGAGAGGGAGCCACUUCCACUGAUAAUACAUCAUCUCCCUAUAGCCUUUACCUUUGGAUUUUUCAACAAAGGCAACAUCGUGGUGAUGGACCCAACUUAUGUUGAAGAAGAGGUUAUGUGUGGGAGAAUGACUGUGACAGUCAAUGCCAAUGGAGAUAUAUGUGCAAUCCAAAAACCAGGAGAAGAAGGCGUGAACCAGAGUGUAAUCCUUCAUUGCCUGCGUCUUGCUUCUUCAAGAGCUGCUGCUACAACAAAGAUUAUUAGAGAAGAGGUUGAAGCAUAUAACCGUGAGAAGAGCUUACAGAAGGUGAAGCGGCAUCCUACUUUGGCUAAACCUGAAGUUUCUGGACCUAUUGUCGUUGUGAAGGAGGGACAUAAGAAGGCUUCAGAUGAGGAAAAAGCUGCAGAACUAAAAAGCAGUAAGGAACAAGAAGCUGGUGGUGCUGCCUCUUCUGCCACUUUCGAAGGAACUGAAACUUGUUCUGUUUCUUCUAAUCUCGGAGAAUCCGUGACCAAGUCACCGAUCAAGAAAAAGACAAACGACUCUGGAGAUGCGCAGAAAGAAGUAACCGGAGAUGUAGAGAUGAAAGAUACAGCUGAGGUUACAAAACACAAGGAUGGAGAGAAGACACUCAAAGAUGCUGUCAAACCUAAGAAGAAGAAGAGGAAAAACAAAAGCAGUUGAAAGAAGGGAGAAUAACUCCAAAUACUCCUCUCACUCAUAAAAAAUUCUCAAUUCUCCCACUAAUAAAAUAUCUAUUUUUUUUUAUUUUUUUUUAAGGAAAAAAGUUUCUCACCUACACGAAGUUUACACUAAUAUGGUGGAAACCAUCCAAUGUAUAAAAGUGUGUCAAGAACUACACGAAGUAUAUGUUAAUACAUGCCACAUGUAUGAAGUAAAUGAUAUUAUGGUGGC